AUGAGUUCCAACAACGUCAAGAGUGGUUCUGCAACCACAAAAGCCAGUCAGAGUGUAUUUUCAGGAGUCACACCAAGUAAUCAGUCACUUCUACUCGAGAAGCUGAACGUUCGAAGGUCUACGCCGGAUUCAGAAGCUCUCGCGAGCUCGGACGACGAACCUGACCCAGCAUCUCGACAAGAGGUGCAUCAACAGCCUUUAGGACAACCACAGAAGCCGGUACGCCGCGCUUCAUGGUUGAACGAUACAUCACAAACAGCGCUACCCCACCCGAGAAAGGGAUCAUUUGCGAGUAGCUCUAUGUCGCCGACUACUUCUCACCCAACUACCCCGUCUGCGGACCCUGGUCCGGCAGCUUGGGGUUCCCAUUCCGCAGCAUCCGGAACAAUGGGGCGUGGACACCAAGGACCGUCGUCUUUUCCAUGGGGAACGGGCAUUUGGAACGCGGAGCGUAAGGAACCCCCGUCUCGUUUGACCGAAGUCCUCCCUUCGCCAACUUCCACUAUCCCUAACGGCGGCUUCUUUGGAGAGGGCUCGUUGACACAGACGUCUCCCACUCCAAGAGAGCAAGGUUCCAAUCCGCAGAUUCCCUUUGCAAUUCCUCUGCACCCAACGCCGAAGACAUAUCGUUCUCAAUCGUAUUCGGUGGGGCAAUUAGAUCCAGAUGCGACUACCCCUACCAUGCCGACCCCGUCGGCGUUGCCCGGCAGACCACGUGCUCCUCUUGGACAUCCGGGAUUACAACACAGACCCUCACGUCCCAGUAUGCUGAGCGAAAUGUCCAACGAGGGUGCUAUGCUGGGCAAAGUUAAAGAAGUUGAGGACGAUGAUGACGAGAGCACGGGUGGCUCGAGUCAGGGAGUCCACCACCAACAAAGUGCUGAGGCGAAGACAAUUGAGAUGCUCACUCGUGAAAAUGCCAUGCUUAGGCAGCAGCAGUACCACAACUCCAGAGUCAGACCGCGUGCAUCCACCGCUGCUACGUACGGGUUAGGCAAUGGAUACGGCGUCCACGGAACAGUCCCCGAGGAAUCUGAUUUUGCUAUUGAUGAACUGGACGAAGCUGGUGAAGGCCAAGACAGCCUUUCAAAACGAGGUUUGGCGAGACGUAUGAGCGAGUAUGCCUCGGGAUCAUUUCGCUCGCCUUACCCCUUGGAGAAUAGAAAACUCGAAAAUGUCAAGAAGGCCUAUUGGCAGAGUUCUCUAGGUUUUGGCGGCAUCGCUGACAUCCCUCAAAGCCGUAGACAUUCGUUCGCCGACGUACCAACACGGCAAGGUUCGAUUGGCUCCAUUGGAGAGUCUGUUUCUCAUCAUGAGGCAGCUUCUCCGGACGCAGCUCAGUCCCAGGAAUUCGGCGGAUUUCCCGAUGGGGCGGGUUUUACUACUACCAGCCCCGUCUCCUACUACCCAGGUGGUGCCACUGCUCCCAGUGCUCACCAGGCCAUCGCAUCUUCGGCUUACGGAAACCCCUAUCAGCAGGCGUACGGUAUUCCAUCUACCUUUGCCAACCGUCCGCAGUCACCUCACAGGAACAUGUUUGGAAUGAGUCAGCCCAGACACAACCAGCUCCUGCACAUUGUCCUCUUCAAAUGUUCAAGAGCAGACGUUUUCUACAUCCAAGAAGGAACUGGUCUCACAGUCAAACCGGGAGAUCUUGUCAUCGUCGAAGCAGAUAGAGGAACAGAUCUCGGCACUGUAGCUCGCGAUAACGUGGAUUGGCAGACGGCUAAAGAGCUGAAAGAACAUUAUUCCGAAGAGCACUACAAGUGGCUGAUGAUGUAUUCUCAAAACGCGGCAGCUGCUCAAGAGGGAACUGGCGCCGGCUUGAUGGCUGCAUCGAACGGUCUACAAGGCGGCGCAAUUGGCGGGAUGGGACCGCCCAGCCAACACCACAUGCAGGAGCCGAACGCAGGCGAACUGAAGCCGAAACUUAUUAAGCGUCUUGCACAGAGCCACGAGAUUCACAGUCUUAGAGAGAAGGAGGGAAAUGAAGCUAAAGCUAAGCGCAUGUGUAUGCAGAAGGUAAAGGAGCAUGGCCUCAACAUGGAGAUCCUCGAUGCCGAGUUCCAAAUGGACUGGAAGAAGUUGACAUUUUACUACUUUGCCGACACCUACAUCAACUUCAACUCGCUCGUUACCGACCUUUUCAAGAUCUACAAAACCCGAAUCUGGAUGUCGGCUAUCAACCCCGCUUCAUUCGCCAGCCCGACCUUGGGCCUGCAGGCUCCCAGCGGCAUCGGCCCAGGUGCUGUCGGCCUCGGAAGAGGGAGUGGAUCUACCAACGCAGAGCGAAGAUCUAACCCACCUCAGGAAUCCCAGGGUGCCUUUCCCGGCGGUGGUGGGCCAGGCCGAUCAUUUCAGCCCACCUUCACUCAACCAUUUGGAGGACCAGAUCGCCCGUCAGUAGCCACCUCCGCAUACCCCUCCUCCGGCUUUCCAUACUCCGCCUAUGGUGCGUUCAGCAGCGCUCCGAGAUCCGGUGGAGUGUCGUAUGUCCCGGGUGUGGUACAGGGGAUGGACGGCUAUCCCAGUGGCUUCUCUCAGGGCGGCGAGUUUUCCCCAAGCAUAAGGGCACGUUUUCCAAGUCCUCACGCCGCAACCUCUCCACACGAUCCGGCAGUACCUAGCAUGACAGGACAGAAUGAAUGGGUCACAACAUUUCAGGGACUGUCUCUAAACUCUCGUUGA